AUAAGUAGGCUGCGGAUGAGCAGAAGUUCAAGUAUAACAACCGAACCGAGAGUUCAGAGGGAAAUGGCAAACGAGUUGAAACCGCGACUCUGUGUGAUGAACAAGAGGGAGAAUGGCUAUGGCUUUCACCUGCAUGGAGAGAAGGGGAAGAGUGGACAGUACAUACGCAGAGUGGAGCCCGGCUCGCCGGCCGAGGCUUCGGGGCUACGUGCAGGGGACCGGGUGGUGGAGGUGAACGGCAAAAAUGUGGAAAAAGAGACGCACCACCAGGUGGUCCAGCGGAUCAAGGCCGUGGAGCAUGAGACACGGCUGUUGGUGGUGGACAGGGAGACGGACGAGUACCUGAGGAGCAUGCGCCUCUCCUGCACAGAUGACUCCACAGCUACGGGAGGAAGCGAGGUGCCGUCGUCACCGAGCCACGUACCCAGCCGGAAGGAGAACGGCUCGGUGUCCAGGCAGGUCGUCAGGCUGGCCAACGAGAAGCCCCGGCUGACCAAGAGCUCGCCAUCUCGCAGUACCAAGAAGGAGUCAAAGUCCAAAGCCCAGGUCCAGGCCCAAAAUGAGGAGCAGAACCAGACUGAGACCACAGAGCUUUUCCCACGUCUCUGCCACCUGCUGCGCGGUGAAACAGGCUACGGCUUCAACCUGCACAGUGAGAAAUCCCGACCGGGCCAGUACAUCCGUUCACUGGACCCAGGAUCAGCAGCAGACCGGGCCGGGCUGAAACCUCAGGACAGGCUCAUUGAGGUAAAUGGUGUGAACAUUGAGGCUCUGAGGCAUUCAGAAGUGGUGGCUUUCAUCAAGAGCGGCGGGAGCGAGACCCACCUGCUGGUGGUGGACCAGGCUACAGACGAGCACUUCAAAAAACUGGGCAUCACCCCAACAAGGAGCCACAUUAAAGAUUAUAGUGGCCAGGCCAUUACAAACGGCUCCGAGAGCCUCCAGGUGAACGGCAGCUCCGCCUCACAGUCCAGUCGCUCCGACACCAGCAGUUCUGACAGACAGGUGUUGGAUGAGGAUGAGAGCCCCCUCCUGGACCCGUUCGAAGAGAGUGGCCUCUACCUAAGCCCCACGGCUGCAGAGGCCAAGGAGAAGCUCCAUGCCAAGCGCGCCAAGAAGAGAGCCCCUCAGAUGGACUGGAACAAGAAGCACGAGAUCUUCAGCAACUUCUGAUCCACCUGCACCUCCACUUCCCAUCUGGCCGGCAAAUUUUCCCCCAAAAUCCACAACUCCUGCCUCAGGACAGGACCACAUCAAGAAGAGGGGUCAAUCGUUUAGACAGAGAAGGAGGUGGGACUUACAACCACCACCCGACGGACAAAAGCAGGCUGGCGAGGAAAGAGCUGCAGGCGAGGAGACAUUCAGCUUCCCGAGGCAGCAGAAAGCAGUGCCUGACAGAGUUAUAUCUAACGUCUUACCAAGUAAUUUUCAAAGGUCUUUCCCUGAGGUCAACCACAGGUUAUGGAUUUCCAAAUCAGAUACAAGUCCCGGCCUGCCUUUAGAAAAAUUACUGAUUGAAUAAUUUUCUGCAUUCAUUUCUCCUUCUACUGACAAAAACAAAAAUGACAUGAUCUGACUAGAAAACAAAUGAAACGUUUUAGUAUGCAGUUAAAUUCAGUUCGCUUAUGAGAUCUAUAAUGUCUAAAGAUGGAUGUAAACAAUGCACCCUAGACAGCUAGAGGGCGACAGUGAGAUAGUUCAACUUGAGCCUGGUGUGUCAUACCGAAAAUGGAGAGGACUAGGUCAGAACUGUAAAGGAGAACCACACCCUGCCUUAUACAACAGACCAGUAAUACAGGAAUGGCGCUUGGCUGGUGAAGGCCGUGUUUGUGUAUCUUUAAUGGGGUCCACAGGCUCUUUGUAGUUACAUUUAGUAAUGUCUUGUUGCCGCUGGCAUGUUGCCACGGCGCACAAGCUGUGAUGACGUUAAGGUGACGUGGGUUAUGUCAUGUAUUAGCUGCUUGAAAGUAGAGUUUACGCAGCACUGUGACAUAUGAAGGUCCCUGUAAAUAUGUGACACCGUGCUGUUAAAGCAUGUGAAUGAGGUGCGAUCCAGACUCUGCGUUUACACCCAUAACUACCCAGAGGAGGCUGAGAGGGCCGAUCCUUUUACAGAAAGACAAAAGGAGGAAUAUGCAUUGCCUUUUUUAUUACGGACCGCUCAUAUUUUAUAUGGACCGAGCGUGUGUUUAAAAUGGCUAAUUGACUGAUUUUGCAUGGAAUGAGGAAAGGCCACACAGCAGAGGACCUUGUGGGCAUCUGUGAAACACACACAGAAAUGCAGAAGGCAGAGGACGCCUUCUAGUCGCUUACUUUAACUCAUGUGGUCAUCGCAGCCUGUGUUGCUCAUUAACGCCUCACAUGUAGCAGAACUGUGUCUCUCCCGCGUGUUCAUGCUGUGGCUUUUGCAGGAACUGCAGAAAAAGGGCCGAGCACCACCAGCAUCUGCGUUUCGGCCCCGAACGACCAAGUCAGUCUGGCUGUGUCACGUUGCAUUUCCGCCGCUGUAGUUCAUGUCUUGUUGCAUUAAUUAAAUGUGCAGCUUGUUUUCCUCUCUCAGGCCUGCCACCAUGAUUGCGGCAGGUUUCUAUGGCUCCUCCCUUACUGACCUCAUUCAGUACUGAUUCUCACAGAGUGCUGGUGGAUGGGUGACAGUUCACACCACAUUGCAUUUUGUCAGUAUAGUGUGACAUCAGCUGCAGGAAGUCUCUCAUUACCACAAAUACACUCUAUAUAUACAACAGUAAAUAUACGCACGCACACAGAGGCCAGGUCCACUUUUAGGAGCUGCAGAUAAAGGCAUAAUUUCACGUUAAAUUUGUCAGGAAGUCUUCAGAAUAUACACAGUACAAGUGAAUGAGAACAACUAGAAUAAAUAAAUAAACCUGCCAAGAAAUCACUAACUAGUAAAAGCAACAAGAUGAUUAAGAUAAAAUGACACAACAACAGAAUGACUUAAAUGGAUGUGUGGAUGAAACCGAGUUAUGAACUCAAUUGCCUCUCCUUAAAAGGAGUGCUGUGACAGUCUCUUCUGUGUGAGUGACUUGAUUUGAGCUGCUGUUCUGUAAGAGAGAGAGUGGGAUGUGAUUUCUCCAGCCAAACCCAUACUAAGAAAGUCAUUUAAUUAAUCUUUGUCCACACUCAUGAAAUUCUUUGAGAACUAGCUUAGACUUCAAAUCAUUUUAAUUUGGUACAUGCAACAUCGUGUGAUUACUCUCAGAAACUGUCAAAAGUCAUCAAUGAACCUGCAACCUGCAACCAGUUGCUCCCAUGAUGCCUCCUUCAUCUGCUCCAGGUCCUCAGGCCAGGACAGAUAAGAAGCCAGCCAGUCAGAGGUCAGGUCUUCCUCUGGCCAUGACUGAACAAAGGGAACUUCAUGGAUGUGACUAAGAAAACCGAUGGCUGCGUCCUCUUCGGGGCCCCAUUCUGCAGCAACAUCGUCAAAAUUCCUACAGCUUGCCCAGACCAGAGGUUUCAUUCUCGAAAGACACAUCACUCACUGCCUGAGAUUACACCUAAGCCACCUAGGUCAUAAAUGAAAAUGCAUUCUACUGUAUUAGUGGGUCCGACAUAUUGCAAGCUGCCACUAUCUCUGCUUGCUAUACAAUUCCUGCCACUAGAUGGUGUCAGAGCAUGUAUUUGUUGGUCUGAGGUAAUGUGGGGCAAGUACAGUGGGAAGAGGACGUCCUGUUCUUGGAGUGCUUCAGUAUGCCUCUGGCCAUCGUCUGAAACACUGAAUCCUUUCAAACGAUCCUUUAUUCCCUUCAGUGAACGUAAGGGGCACAUACAGCGUUUAUGUUUCACAACUGAAGAGACAUCAAAAGGCUGGACAGCUGAUGCUGAAAAACAAAGUAUUCAAAAAAGUUGUACGGAGGUAAUGUGUUGUGAAAAUAAUGUUCAAAUGAAAUUCAGAAAUAAAAACUGGAUGGGA